UUGCCCUACCGUUUUAUAAUAGAUCUAUCCCGUGACCUACUUUCUUCAAAUUGCUAAUGUGUGACAUAAUGUAACAAAAUGAUACUAUCUAUCCAAAGGUUGUUUUCAUCAAAACAAUACUUACAUUAUGAAAUGAUAUGUAACAAUCAUCCAAACAAGGUGUGCAGGUACCCCCACUUUUUUACUUUUCCUCUUCCAACUGGUUCUUUACUAUUCUGGAGCCUUGAGAGUCUGCCGUUUAAGUUCUGGUUUGUUUCAUCCUGAUGCCUCUUCGCACCAUUGGUUUGGAGUACUCUCCGACAAGCGUCAUGUACCUAAAUGUGCCAAGCAUAUUAAAGCUGCAGUUGGCAUCCAUUCACAGUAACUUAGAAUCAGAUACAAUUAGUUUCGUCAUCAAAUGUGAAGGAAGUUGGACUAAGAAGCUUUAUGAUGUUAUCUCUUUGCCUUCCUCUGUGGAUCACCUUGAAGUUUCUGUUGAAGGACCCUAUGGACAUCCUUCCACCCAUUUCCUAAGGAAUAUUGCUAGAAGUUAAUGUGUCAAGUGUUGGAGUACUUGCCUCUGGACCGAAGACCUUGAGGGACGAUGUAGCAGCCAUUUGCUCAUCUGCGUUGGUUGAUAAUCUGCACUUUGAGUCCAUCAGCUUCACCUAAUGAUUAACUCGGCUUCUCAACUCCGAGCUAGCUUAAAAGGACUCUGUCAGAAUGCAUCAGUAUCUAUACAUAGAUAUUAUGUCCUGUAAUAUGUUCCAGUCUUCUGAUUGGAUCGAUAUGCGUGUUUAAAUAGGUAUGGUGAGUAUGGUUCCCCGAGAUUACAUUACUUUUUGUCUAAUGCCAUAUGUAAGGUAUUGUAAGUAGUCUUUGGAAGAGGAAAUAAGGUUCAUGGUAUUUGAAUGAAACCUGUAUUUGUUUGAGAAGCUAGACUAAACUAUGACCAUCUCAUACCCAACUUAUUACAUAUUGAUGUAUAAGCUAUAAACCAAACUAAAACUCUUUUUUUUUUUUCUUUUUUUUUUUAACAAGGUAAAACAAACAAAAACUCCAAGUGCUAUAACAUUUACUAUAAGACAAGGUCUUAAAACUUCCAAGUUUCCCAGUCUCGUCUUCCAUCAACAAAUCCCAAGACCCUCCUGCAAUAACAUUUGGUGCUACGCCUCU